AUUUGUUGCCAGUGUGGUGGUCACGUGACAGACGCUCUCCCCUGAGAGCACUUCCGGUAACGUUUCCUGUGUUUGUAAACUGAAAAAUUUGUCCGACAAGAAAAUAUUGGGCUACUGUAAACGAAGAAGAGUAAGGCUUGGGCCCCUGAUGGUUGGGGCUUGUGUGGUCUCUAAACACUCUCCCUGCCCCGAGCGAAGCUCUCUGUACCCCAACACACACACACACACUCUCACCACUGCGAUGUCACACCUUUCCAACAGCUCAGUGCGAGAUCACAUGAAAUGGGCUGGGUUGCUUGGCUGCGAAGCGGUGCUGUCCAGCAUGGCACUCAUGCAAGCCGGCUCCAUGCCCAGCCAUAAGAAGAUGGGCUCUCAUCUGGGCCAGGGACAGAGAGAAAACAAUCACAGCCACAAUCACAACCAGAACCACAACCAGGACACCCACAGCCAACACGGCCACAUGGUGCUUCCCUCAGGAGUCAGCUGCCCACCACUGCUCAUCCGCAAGGAUGGAGAGUUUCACUCUUCCAGGCUCUUGGAUGAAAAAGACAUGCAAGCCAGCCAGAAUGUGCAGCCAAAGAAGAAGAACAGGAAGUCUGGACUUCCCACCAAAAUGAGAGAAAAACCCCAGGUGGAGAUUCAUGACGUUAAUGACGAUAAUUCACUCAGCUCUCAAGUGCAGAAGAAUUUCAUAUGUGAGCACUGCUACAGUGCUUUCCGCAGUAGUUACCACCUCAAACGGCACAUUCUCACCCAUACAGGGGAAAAGCCAUUCGGGUGUGAUAUGUGUGACAUGAGGUUUAUUCAGCGCUACCACCUGGAAAGACAUAAGCGUGUUCACAGCGGUGAGAAGCCUUAUCAGUGUGACCGCUGCCAACAGAACUUUUCCAGAACCGACCGGUUACUACGGCAUCGACGUUUGUGUGCCGUGGGCAUCCCUAAAGAGGAGAACCAGCCGUGCUGUGAGGGCCGGUCGUAUUCUCAGGACCCCUCCCAGCACUCGGCGUCCUGGAGCCCACUGCAGACAAACAACAGCAGGCUGGCGGCGUGACAGCCUUCUGAUCGCUCGUACAAACCACUUCCCAGCAAACACAAUGGACUCGCCAACAUGACCUGACCGGGGGUCUGAGCCUGUAAAAAUUGUUUAAAGACUCCAACACGUCCAUCUCUGAUUCACCCGGCUCAACCCCAAUGGACUCUUUUAUACUGCUUAGACUCUGGGAAAUAGCGUAUUUUGUAUUUUAGACGGUACUGUGAUCAGCAGGUGGGUUAGUUGUGCAUUCAGUCCAGGCAAUAAUGACUUCUGGUAGUUUAGAAAUGCUUCCUUUUGUAGUUCCCGUGCAGGAAUGUAGAUUGUUGGGAUUCUCAGUGUUACAAUGCACAUACAUUUACUUUUGCAAGCAAAAUCCAGUCAUUUCAAUAGGAAUCUGCACAAUCGGGAGUUUCGCAUGAGGCUGAAAAAGUUCCCCAUGUAGAUUUUGCUUCUUUUUAAGUUGGUCACACAAAUUCACAGCUUAGACCAACUGAAAGCUACUUGGUUUUAAAGUGACUUGUGCUACAUGCAUCACUACACUAUUGACAAAAGACAAUGGACCUUUUUCCCAAAAAAAUUUCACAAGUCAGCCGUAGUGACAGUAGACACAUUCUGAUACAAUACAUUUUCUCAGUGUGCACAUUAAUGCAUCAUUUCCUGUUAUGUGAAAAGUAUAAGAAAUAGUUUACCCAUUAAAGAAAUAGUUCACUGAAGAAUGAAAAUUUACUCCCCUUCAGGCCAUCGAACAGAUUUGGAGAAUUUGCAUCACUUGCUCAGCAGUGGAUCCACUGCAGUGAAUGGGUGCCGUCAGAAUGAGAGUCCAAACAGCUGAUAAAAACAUCACAAUAAUCCACAAGCAAUCCACUUGACUCCAGUCCAUCAAUUAAUAUCUUGUGAAAUGAAAAUCUACAUUUUUGUAAUAAAUUAAUACAUUAUUAAAACUUUUAUAACUUCAAACAGCCAUUGCUUCCAGCUAAAAUACUGCUUUCUCCAGUGAAAAAGCCAUCUUGUCUGAAUCAGGAGAGAAAUAUGCACAGAUUAAGCACCGUUUACAAGCCAAAACAGUCUAAAACACAAAUAUGUCGGUGGAUUUUGAUAUGAGAGGACAACAGGAGAUGGGCUUUUUGUCCGGAGGAAAUGUUAUUAUGUAUUAUGAGCUGGUGUUUUGGUCAAAAGCGACAGUUUAAAGUUAAAAAUGCCUUAAUUUAUUUCCUUUAUACUUAACAGUUUAUUUCAUGAACUGAAGUCUUGUGGAUUAUUGUGAUGUUUUUAUCAGCUGUUUGGACUCUCAUUCUGACGGCACCCAUUCACUACAAGAGGAUCCAUUGGUGAGCAAGUGAUCAAUCUACAUCUUGGAUGGCCUGAAGGUGAAUAAAUUAUUAGCAAAUCCAUUUUGGGGUCAACUAUUCCUUUAAAUACUGUGAUAACAGCUCAUGGCCAUUGACAGCUUUACACAGGCCUUUAUGGUUUUAGCAGAAACAUCUGGAACAUAAUCCAUCCUACAUCCACAGGAGAGCUCAUUUUUUGUGGCCUACAUUAUGGUGUCAAGCUUUUGAAGUUGGCCUUUCGGUCAACUUGGAACACUGACUUUUCGUCAAGUAUUUGCGUGUGAAUGACAAAUUUUGUCACAGUAUGAUGUGACUCGCGUGGUAAGUCUGCAAGCAUCUCAGUUUCUCUUCUGAAGUCACUGGAUUGACAAGGCCGAGCCAAGAAUAACAAAGAAAACCUUUUAACAGGUUGUACAGUUCAUAGAGAGACAGAUGUUUACAUAAAACCGCUAGUUUUUCGCAGAGGUCUCGUUACGUUUCUUAACGCGUAGACCUCGGCCCUUGAACACGGACUUCUGACGCAGUCAAGCUUGAGUUAAUAUAUUUUUUCAGCAAUUUAAAUAAUUUAAAUAGAAACCGUAGUAGGAUUAGACUGCUGCCACUGUCUGACGUAGCAGAUUCACUGUAUUUUUUUACGUGUACACUUGCAUGUUCCUUUCGUUACACAUAUACAGAAAAAGGACUUGUAUUGUGGUUGUUUAAAAUAACGAAAAACAUUUAAAAAAACGCUUUGAUCUAUUUCUUUGAUAUUUCUUAUCGCUCUCAAACAUGAACUACAGGUCGACUUUAUUCUAUCCUGUUAGACACCAUAUAGUGAUAUAGUGACCUCAAGUUGACAAUAAAUUUUCUUUUAAAAAAAGUG